AUGUCCUACGACGCCAUAUUCCCGUCGCGCGUCGCGGCGCAUCACCAAUCCUCCGCGCGCGUGUCGCUCCAACCGCACCAUUCCCCUGGCGGAAGGAACCGCGCGCAGGCGCAAGCAUGCCGCGGGGACGGGCGCGCGGAGAUCGCGUCGUGCGGGGAGAAUAGCUCCGACGGCGCGUGGAACAGUAGGCGACGCGUGGUCGUAGCUUCUAGAAACCCGGUAAAGAUUAACGCCGCGGGGGAGGCGCUCCGGCGGCUGUUCCCCCACGAGUCGUUCGAAUUAGAGGGCUUUCCGGCCGACUCGGGCGUGUCGGACCAGCCGAUGGGCGACGCGGAGACUCUCACGGGCGCGCGGAACCGCCUGCUGCACGUGGCGCGCAGCAGCGCGGCGGAAGGCGCGGAUUUCGUGGUUGCGAUCGAGGGGGGAGUGGAGUGGUGUCGGUUCUCCGAUCCCCCGCAGCUCAUGUGCUUCGCAUGGGCUGUCGUACUCUCCACGUCCGCGCGCGCGGAAGACGAGGCGGAAGCGGACGGCGCGGUGGUGGGCGGAAGCGGGGAGGGCGGAGGCGCGGCUCCCGGAGCGGGGAACGGGAGACAGCAGCAGGGGAGGGGAGUGGGGGAAGCGACAGGGGGCGGGGGCGGGGAAGGGUUGGCGGGGAGGAGAGGAGGCGCGGCGCUUGGGGGAGUAAAUGGGGGGAGAGGGGGCAUGGAGCUGGGAGAAGCAACAGAUGAGGCUUUCAGGCAAGAGGGCAGCAAAUCCCGAGGGGGCACAGUGGGGUAUCUGACCAAUGGGGAGAUCACACGUCAGACGUACUACGAGCAUGCUAUCACUCUUGCUCUCAUCCCAUUUGUCCACCCAUCGCUGUAUAAAAGCCCGUCGCACCCGGUGCUGCCGCCGAAUUAUAUGCAAUGA